UUUACAAAUGGCGACCGUAGAUGUAAACAAAUCAACAAAACUAUAGACAUAAACUUUUUUUUCUGUCCAACACAUUUAUAUUAAAGUUCACAACAUGCAUUCAGAAGAUUCUGAUGACGAUAUGAAUGUAGGGGCUCCCAUGAUGGUGGAGGUCAAAGGUCAUAGUAGAACACCAAGGCAACAUUCACAAAGGUCACUUCACAGAGAUUCUGAUGAAGAUGAAGAGAACAGAUAUGAAGAUGAUUACGAGGAUGAUAUGACCACAGCUAGAUCAGGGAGGACAACCAGUAGGAAGAAAAAGCCUGGGAAGAAUGGUCGUCAUGGGAUAGAUAUGACACCACCUGACAAACUUCUCAAACAGGCAGUUAAAAGGAUUGGAAAAUUCAGAGAAAAUGAAAAACAUGAUGAAGCUAUCAGAGAACUGGUGCGAUGCAUAGCACUUACCAGGAUUGUUUAUGGUGCUAAUCACUGGAAGUUAGCAGAAAGCCAUGCUGAUCUGGCCGAAGCAUAUCUAGAUCUUAAAGGAUUAGCACCACAAGCAGACUAUCAUGCAGAAUCAGCCAAAACCAUCAUGUUAAACACUGUCGCUACCUACACAACGGAACAAGAGAAAGCAGAUGUCAUCUUCAUUUUGUUUAAGAUUCAUCAUACUCAAGGGAGAGCACUCACAGAGAUGAAACAGUACUCUGAUGCAGAGAAGGCUCUGUCGAAGGCCGAUAGGACCUGUCAUGAUUUCAGUCGGUUGACAUGUGUCAGUGAUAACGAAUGUGACGAGAUGGAGAUUAAAUAUUGUCAUGCUACUGCUAGAUUAUACUGGAAACAGAAGAAGCAUGCCAGAUCAGCCGCCCAGUUUGAUAAACUAUUAGACUUAAUGAAGAGACAGUAUGGACCUGAUUCUAUGGACCUUGUUCCUAUUUAUCAGGAAUAUGGCAAAAUAUCCUUUUAUUUAUUAGAAUUGAGUAAAGGAAAAUAUGCCAAUUAUGACAAAGCCACAGACCUCUACCUACAGUCUCAUACUAUAGCUGGUGCUAAUUAUCGUGAAGGUAGUACUAAGAUGGUGGACACAGGCUUAGCGCUAGCUCAGGCAUACAUCAGUACCGGGAAGGAGGAAGCUGAAGACUUGGCUGAGAAGUACCUAAAUGAAUGUCUAGUAACAUGUCAGACAGGGUACGGUCCACAACAUAAAAAGACAAUAGAAGUACAGGAUGAACUGGCUAGGUUACUUAUCAGAACAGAUCGACAAGAGGAUGGUUUAGACAUUUUAAAAUCCACUUUACCAGAUAAAUGUGAGAUUUACGGUGACUACUCAGAGCAGGUCUCAGAUACACACAAACUUACAGCAUCAGUCCAUCUAUCUCAGGGAAAUCUGGAGAAAUCACUCAGAGGUUAUAAAAAGUGUUUAAACAUAGAACAGAUAGUCCUUGGUAAAAAUCACAGAAAAACAAAAGAUACGGAAAGAACCAUUGACAUAUUAAUGGCGAGCCCUGGUUUAUCAAAUAAAUUUGUAUUGAGUAAAGAAGAUGAACUGAAGAAAAGGCCAAAGUUCAACACCAUGGUGACGACAAAACAAACAUUAGGAGGAUUUAAAUCCUCAGCAUUUUAGGUUUUAGGAUUAUUUCAAAUAUCAAAGUAGAAAAUUUUGGAUGGAUCGGAAAUUUGCAAAAGUUAAUCUUGUUUUGUGGUGCACAGUGAACAAGCCUCAUCGUGCUGCAUCUACAUUUAGUAAUCUGCAUCGGUUGACUCGAGAAUUUGCGACGGUUAAACUAUUGCCGUCAUACAACAGUCACUUUUCCUUAAUUGCGUCAGAAAUUUUCUAUUAUGAAUUCAAAUUUUAUGGUGGCCUUUGUGAUAUAAAGUAAUAGUGAUGAGGGGUAUGAAAUUGAAAAAUAUGGCAAAUAAAUCUGUAAAUGUGGAGAAUUUCUGUUAUGAAGCAGCUAAAGAUGCAUUUUUAUUCACUCUAAAGUGUCAUUUGUCUUAACGAAAACUUCACUUACAUUCCAUGAAUAUAUGAUCAACAUUAAGUUUGUAUGUGUAUGUUAUUUAUCAGAUACUUUGAAUAACCAACAAUUGUCCAUUGUCAAGAGCAGUUGUACAUGUCUCUCUAACAUAAGUCAAUUUUCCUGCAGGCUCCUAGCUCAUUGUUGAGUUUUUCUAUAAAUAUAUGUAGUAAAACUGGCAACACAUAUUCCAUGUAUUCCUGAUAAAAUUGAUUGAAUCGGCAAGCUAUUUAUCAUUUUUACUUUUGUCUCAUACAAGGAUUAGAACUUUCCUUAUUUAACAUGUCUGUGAUAUUUUCUA